UCACUUAUGUUGGUUUAAUAAUGUCAACGAUCAGACUUUCGCGAUUGGUUGUAGGUCGUCAUUGAAAGUAGAUACCAAUACGAAGUAUAAAUCGUCAGGCACAGAAGACUACAUCAUCGAUUCCGGAAAUUAGGCGGCUUUCUUACAAAAACCUGUUAAACUACCUUAUUCCACCGAACAAAGCAUUAAGUGACGUCUUGAUUACCUACGAUUUGGAAACCUAAACGUUUAAUCCGGAGCCAAUUCUACUUUAGCUUGGACGUUAGAGGCGCAGGAACCCAAUUCUCUCCUCAUUGGGGGAGAAGGGGGCCUUACUGAUCACCCUGCAGUCUACGUCGAAUCAUUACAUCAUGAUCAAGUCUUCAACUUCACCACAUGCUAGUCUUUCUGAAAUUUGUACCCCGCAUCCCUACAGUAUAUGAGACUAUGGAAGACCAUGGCUCUUGGCAAUUCAGGAACAGUCCUAGAUACUUCGUUAAAGACUUGGCAUUGUGGUUUAAUAUAAUAUAAUUCAAGAUGGUUCACCAACACGGUGACGAACACGAUAUCCCUGAGGAACAUCGUACUCAGAGUCAUGGCGCCUGGCUUCCAGCGGAUCAUCGUGUCCAACACGAAUGGCUCAAGACGCAAAUCGAACACGUCGACAAAGCUCCUCAAAAAGAGCUAAUUCCCGUUCUUCAAGAUUUCAAGGAAUUUAUUGAGGGGAACUCACGCAUCUAUAUGUACUUCAACCAAAUGUGGGAUGAGAUACCGCUCAAGAAGCCGUAUAACAAAGACCCGACUGGUACCAAGAAGCAGAUCCGAGACUACCGGCACAUGCUAGCCGUGCUCAACCACAUCUUCACGCAAGCUCCUCAGUGGACUGAUGCUGCAUUCGGCGUUGGCAUGGUCGGAGUCCCCAUGGUAGGUAUCUUCGACUAUGUGAUGGCUACACCUAGUGGCCAUGCCGCUUUCUUAGAUCCGGAGGUCAAUAAGAUGAUGAAGAAGAUCCUGAAUGAAUGGGGCAAGUUCUUAAAGACACCGAAAUCAGCCGAAGUGCUCGCCUCUCAUAGACAGGGCUGGUUCUCUGAACACGGCCUCAAAGACUUGAUGGAGGUAGCCAACGCACCGCUGAAGACGUCGCACAGGUUCGAGGAUAUGUAUAUCUGCGACCCUUCAGCUAAAUACUACGGCUACACUUCUUGGGACGACUUCUUCACGCGACAGCUGCGCGAGGAUGCACGACCCGUAGCCUCACCGGAUAACGACGACGUAGUAGCCAACGCAUGUGAGUCCAAAGUGUACAACGUGGAACAACACGCCAAGCUGCGCGACCGCUUCUGGAUCAAGAGCCAGCCGUACUCGGUUCUCGACAUGCUAGGCCAUGACCCUCUAGCCGCACAAUUCGACGGCGCAACAGUGUACCAAGCCUUCCUAUCAGCAUUGUCGUACCACCGUUGGCACGCUCCCGUCUCAGGCCGUAUCGUACGUGCUUUUGUGAAGGAUGGAACUUACUUUAGCGAACCGCUAUUUGAAGGCUCUGCAGGUGGUUAUGCCGAGGGCGAAAUCGACACGCGCGGAAUUAGCGUGGCGCAGGGAUACUUGACGGCGCUGGCAACGCGUGCUGUGAUCUUCAUCCAAGCAGACAACCCAGCAAUCGGACUGAUGGCGUUUGUAGGCGUGGGUAUGGACGAGGUCAGCACGUGCGAGAUCACCGUGGGCCAGGGGCAGCAUGUACAGAAGGGCGACCAGAUCGGUAUGUUCCAUUUCGGCGGCUCGUCGCACUGCCUGCUGUUCCGUGCCGGGGUGCCGGUGGACGGGUUCCCAACUCCGAGCCGGAAGGAAAAUGUGCCCGUGAGGAGCCAGGUUGCGGUUAUCAAGCGGAAGUAA